AUGUCGAAAGAACGUCCUGAUCGGUUUUUUGUUCCGUCUAAAGGUAAAUUUUCUGAAGAGGCAAGAAAUAAGCCUGAAUCGCCGUCCGUUGCAUUCGAGAAAGUGUUUGAAAAGCUAUUUGGCGAUCCUUCUUCAAUCUUGCGUAAACUUGAACUCGACAGCGCACCUGGAGAGAUUGAUUCUGACAAAGUCAACGAAAUUCAGGAAGAUGAGCUUGUUACGAAAGAAAUCGCAAAGGGAGUAGACUUACAAGAUAAUCCGCACAAAUUCUUGACUGGUGUAAACAUGGGUCUAAGAUAUCAACCAAACAAGGAAUUUUGUAGAAAUGCACAACCAGAUUCAGCUACUAUGGAAGACAUGUUGACUGUAUUUCAGGCAGAUUUGGGAAACAUUAGUUCAGAGAUUCAAACACUCCAAGACAAAUCAAUGAUUAUGAACAUCAAGUUAAAAAAUAGAAUGGCUAUAGAGGAACGACUGAAUACUGUUCUGGAUGGAAUCGUUAUAUCCCCGUCUAUGAUAAAAAAAAUUACUGAAGGGAAUAUAGAUGAAACGUGGCUCGCUUAUUUAAUAGAAAUGAACAAGAAGAUGACUUACGUAGAAACUCAUCAGGGGGAGAAUAUCACAGCACUAAAAGAUGUUGAACCUGAACUUGAGAAAUUGAGGCUAAAGGCGUCAGAGAAAAUACGAGAAUUCCUUCUUAUGAAGAUAAAAUCCCUCCGUAUACCGAAUACCAACAUCCAAAUUCUUCAACAAUCGGUUCUUCUUAAAUAUAAACAACUUCACCAGUUUAUUAUGGAAAGAUACGGUGAAGUAGCUCUUGAAAUAAGACAGACUUAUGUGAAUACCAUGAGAUGGUAUUUCUCCAAUCAUUUUGAGAGAUACAAUAAAGGAUUGCAGAGACUACAAAACUCUAUUACAGACAAAGGCGAUUUAAUCGGUAGCGACGAGAGCGUAAAAAAGGGUGGAUUAUUUGGAACCAGCAAGAUUGCCCUGAAAGACAAAGGGAACACUUUUUCCUUGGGCGAUCGAAUAAACACUCUUCGAAACACUGACGCAGGAGUUAUACUUGUGCAUGUUGCCGAAACCUCAAGCCAGAAAUAUUCAUAUGAAGCUCUUUUCAGAAGCUUCAAUUUGAUAUUUAUCGAUAAUGCCAGUUCCGAGUAUCUGUUUAUCGUCGAAUUCUUUGCAAAGGACGACAAGCCAGCAAUAGAUGUUGCACGCGAAGUAUUUGCAGAGAUAUUUGAUCCUACGAUAAAAAUGGGUCUUGCUGCAACAAAACACUAUAUUGAGAGCAGUUAUGAUGCCGUUGGCAUAUUACUGUGCAUCCGGUUGAACAUGCAGUUUGCACUUGAAUUGCAAAGAAGAAGAGUGCCUGCCCUGGAGGGUUACAUUAAUCAGACGAAUAUGUUGCUGUGGCCGCGGUUUCAGUCUAUCAUAGAUAUGCAUGUCGAAAGCGUUAAGAAAGCAGGCAAUAAACUUGUUGUUAAAGAUAUCCAUCCGCAUUAUGUGACUCGUCGUUAUGCCGAGUUUGCAGCAUCAAUAUUAAGGCUUAACGAGGAUGCCAACGAUCCUAUACUGACAAAUAGUCUGCUUCGGGUACGCACGGAGGUUGAAUUACUACUCAAUAAGAUGUCAACCGAGUUUUCUGAUCACAAGAGCCGUUACAUAUUUUUAAUAAACAAUUAUGAUCUGGUUGUAACCAUCCUCAACGAGACUGGUGGCAAAUCGGUGGAGGCGGAAAUCAGCCAUUUUCAACAGUUAUUGAACUCUAAAAUUUCUGGGUUUGUUGAGGAAGAGCUGGAACCACACUUUGGCAUUUUGAUUUCAUUUGUUAAGCAGGUCGAGCAAACAGAGGAUAUCAAUUCUUUACCAUCAGAGCGCUUCGAGGAAGUAUCAACAAAUUUUGCUACGACUUGGCGCCAAUCAAUUACAUCCAUCAAUGCAUCAGUAAUUCAACAUUUUGCUAAUUUCAAGAACGGAACAAUGAUACUCCAUUCUGUCUUGGGUCAAUUGAUAAUUUAUUAUACCAAAUUUCAUGACCUGUUGGAAAAAAGGAUGCUGGAUGAUGGUCUUAAAUUCAAACAACAGCCUGUUGGUGUACAGACAAUUGUAGCCGAAGUUAAAAAAUAUAGAACUGACUUUUGA